UUGCCCAGCAUUUCAAAGGUCACCCUUGCACCUGUUCUAAGCCAAAAAAUUUUUCAGAACGAUUCGUUUGUCGACAAGCUUACUGGGACACUAACGCGAAAAAAGAAGCCGGGACACGAAAAUCCCGAGGUUACCGAAGAAGAUGAAGCUCAAGAGAUCGAAAUCGAAGGACGUGAAUCCAUUGACGCUUGCUUGGUACCUGCAUUGGCAAAGAAUCUUACGCUUGAUGAAGGAGAAAUGAAACGAUACCUCACUAAAGAGUCUAGUGAGGACCCCAAGUUUCGUGAGUUGAUAUCUCUACUGAUCUAUUGGAUCAAUGAUGAACUGGCUGAUUUGAGAAUUGUGGUACGAAAUCUACAAGAAGAUCUGUAUGACGGUCAGGUUCUUCAGAUGCUUAUGGAGAAGUUGGCUGGCAUUCGGAUUGAAGUACCAGAAGUGACCCAGUCAGAAGAAGGUCAAAAGAGGAAAUUAGAUUUGGUCGUGCAAACCGUGAAUCGCAUCGAUAUCGUUGCGAUCAUACAAAUACUUAUUGCUAUGGUGCUACACUUCAGAGCUCCAAUUCGUCUACCUGAGUACGUCUCAGUCAAGAUGUUGGUGGCGUCGAAGCAUCAAGGACAUGCCCGUUCGGAAUUUAUCACUGAGCAGCUCACCACUACACAGGGUGAACUUGGUCUCAAGGGUGAGAGAGACGCUUUUGACACGUUGUUUGACUACGGACCAGACAAACUGGCUCAUGUGAAAACGUCGCUGUUGGCGUUCUGCAAUAAACAUCUCAACAAGAUCAAUCUCGAGGUACACAGAUAUGCGAAUAACCUUUUUCUAGUCGCUUUGUCUUUAAUUGAGAACAACCUCCAGACACCAACUUUGCUCGACCUCAAAGCGAUUCUGAUUAUAGCAUAUAAGCAUUUUUACAGUCAGCGAAAAUGA